GCGGCAAAAGUUGAAUUAAACCAAGGACUCACGAAACUGCAUCAUCGUUGGUGCUACUAUACCAUAAUCGUCGCACCGUUGGUGUUUGAAUAAGUUCAUGCAUGCUGAAAACAGCGCCUGUAGAAACAUAAUUCGUGAAUAGUUAGUAUGGUAGUUGAUGAACACGUUCAACAUAAUGCACCGCAACUAUGUUGUGAGACACUUGCGUACGUGCAUCUCUCGUUCUCUUUCCACGAGUAUGAGACGAAGCAGAAGCAACAACUCCGUCAAAGUCAAAGUCAAAGACCCUGACAUUGUGUCAUGGAACAAGGCCAUUUCCGUCCACAUGCGCAAUGGCCACUGCGACUCCGCUCUCCGUGUCUUCAACUCCAUGCCUCGCCGAAGCUCAGUGUCCUACAACGCCAUGAUAUCUGGGUACUUGAGGAACGCAAAGUUCUUCCUUGCAAGGGAACUGUUUGAUCAAAUGCCUGAAAGGGACUUGUUUUCCUGGAAUGUUAUGCUCACUGGGUAUGUCAGGAAUCGCAGACUCGGCGAGGCCCGCAAGUUGUUUGAUCUAAUGCCUGAAAAGGACGUUGUUUCCUGGAAUGCCAUGUUGUCUGGGUAUGCCCAGAAUGGGUUUGUUGAUGAGGCAAGGGAGGUUUUUAAUAGGAUGCCUCAUAGGAAUUCCAUCUCAUGGAAUGGGUUGCUUGCAGCUUAUGUUCAUAAUGGGAGACUUGAGGAGGCGCGUGGCUUGUUCGAGUCCCAGUCGGAAUGGGAAUUGAUUUCUUGGAAUUGUUUGAUGGGUGGGUAUGUGAAGAGAAACAUGUUAGGUGAUGCUAGGCGGCUUUUUGACCAAAUGCCUGUGAGGGAUGUAAUCUCUUGGAACACUAUGAUAUCUGGUUAUGCCCAGGUUGGAGAUUUGUCUCAAGCUAAGAGGUUGUUCGAUGAAUCUCCGAUUCGGGAUGUAUUCACUUGGACAGCAAUGGUGUCUGGAUCUGUGCAGAAUGGAAUGGUGGAUGAAGCAAGAAAGUAUUUCGAUGAGAUGCCUGUAAAAAAUGAAAUUUCUUACAAUGCAAUGCUUGCCGGCUAUGUGCAAUGCAAGAAAAUGGACAUUGCGAGGGAGUUGUUUGAGGCAAUGCCUUGUCAGAAUGUAAGUUCUUGGAAUACCAUGAUUACUGGCUUUGGUCAGAAUGGUGGUAUAGCUCAAGCGAGGAUAUUGUUUGACAUGAUGCCUCAGCGUGAUUGUGUAUCUUGGGCGGCUAUUAUUGCUGGUUAUGCUCAGAAUGGUCUAUAUGAAGAGGCCCUUAACAUGUUUGUGGAGAUGAAACGAGAUGGGGAAAGUUCUAAUAGGUCUACUUAUAGUUGUGCUUUGAGCACAUGUGCUGAUAUUGCUGCCUUGGAGUUAGGGAAACAAGUUCAUGGGCAGGUUGUGAAGGCGGGAUUUGAGACUGGGUGCUUCGUGGGAAAUGCACUUCUUGGGAUGUAUUUUAAAUGUGGCAGCACAGAUGAGGCUAAUGAUGUUUUUGAAGGAAUAGAGGAGAAAGAUGUCGUCUCUUGGAACACAAUGAUAGCUGGUUAUGCUAGGCAUGGAUUUGGCAGACAGGCAUUAGUUUUAUUCGAGUCAAUGGAGAAAGCAGGUGUUAAACCCGAUGAGAUUACAAUGGUGGGCGUUCUGUCUGCUUGUAGUCAUUCUGGAUUGAUAGACAGGGGAACUGAAUACUUUUAUUCAAUGAAUAGGGAUUACAAUGUAACACCAACUUCAAAACAUUAUACUUGCAUGAUUGAUCUUCUUGGAAGAGCUGGCCGGCUGGAAGAAGCAGAGAACUUAAUGAGAAACAUGCCUUUUGAGCUAGGUGCUGCAUCAUGGGGAGCUCUACUAGGUGCAAGCCGGAUUCACGGCAACACUGAACUGGGUGAGAAAGCUGCUGAGAUGGUUUUUAAGAUGGAACCUCAUAACUCAGGGAUGUAUGUCCUUCUUUCAAAUCUAUAUGCAGCUUCUGGCAGGUGGGUUGAUGUUGGCAAGAUGAGAUCAAAAAUGAGGGAAGUUGGUGUGCAGAAAGUAACUGGGUAUAGUUGGGUGGAGGUACAAAACAAGAUUCAUACGUUCGCAGUUGGGGACUGUUUGCAUCCAGAAAAAGAAAGAAUAUAUGCCUUCUUAGAAGAGCUAGAUUUGAAAAUGAGGCUUAAGGGGUAUGUUUCUUCAACAAAAUUGGUUUUGCAUGAUGUGGAAGAGGAAGAAAAGGAGCACAUGCUCAAGUAUCACAGUGAGAAAUUAGCUGUUGCAUUUGGAAUUCUGACUAUUCCUGCUGGCAGACCAAUACGUGUCAUGAAAAACUUGCGUGUUUGUCAAGACUGUCAUAAUGCCAUCAAACACAUAUCCAAGAUUGUUGGAAGGUUGAUUAUCUUAAGGGAUUCUCACCGUUUUCACCACUUCAAUGAGGGUAUUUGUUCCUGUGGGGAUUAUUGGUAAGAAUGGAUAGAUAUGGUUAUAAUUAACCUAAAGAUUAGUUGUACACUGUGGACCUAUUUAUAUGCAAUUGGAUAAGUGCUGAAAGCAGCGACAAGCUCAUUUAUGUCUGUUCUGUUCCAUGUGAAUGAAUAAAACUGACAAAAGCUGGUCAGAAAAUCUGAAUUACUUGGACUCA